UGUAUAUACCCAGAAAAGGCCAAGAAAUAUUGGAUAAUUUAUUGCUGUGCCGAUUUUUCUUUCUUCUUCUCUCGUUUUUAAGACCUCGGCGAGCUUUAGUCAUGGAAAAACUCUCUUAAAUGUGAUUUUUGCAUCAUUGGCUACUAAUACAGGAGACCAUUAACUUGGUAGACAGACACAACAGGUUGACUUACGAGUAUGGCUUCAGCAGGUGUAUCGAGCCAGGCCAAUGAGCCCACAAAGAAGAAGACGGCAUGGCGAAGUCUCCUUACCUUCCUGCAGCUUCUUCUUUGUACGGAUCCGACAUGGAGUGAUAUCGGCCUCAUGUCCGUUGGCUUCGUUACGGCAGUUGGGGCCGGCAUUCCGUAUCCGCUCAUAGCUAUCCUGUUCGGUCAGCUGGUCGACAACCUCAACGCGGCCACUUGCAAUGUGGAAUCACAUGGGGAUGCCUUUGAACUUCAAAGUGAUAUUUCCAUGAUCCUGACGAAACUUGUGGGCAUCGCCGCGGCGCAAUUCGUCCUUAUUUAUUGCCACAGCGUGUGUUGGAAUAUCCAGUCCCAGAGAUUAAUGCACAGGUUAAGGGACCGGUAUUUCCGACACCUGCUCCAUCAAGAACCCAGCUUCUUCGAUAAUAGGCAUGCUGGUGAAAUCAGUGCUAGAUUAGAUGAUGAAUUCACCGCAAUCCAGACAGGUACGAGCGAGAAAGUCAGUCGCCUCAUUGGCCAGUGCAGCUUCUUCAUCACUGCUUUCAUUGUUGCCUUCAUCAAACAACCUGUCUUGGCUGCAAUCCUGAUCUCGCUCGUCCCCGCUUUCCUCUUCAUGACCGUGUGUGGUAGCUACUUCUUCAAGAAAUUCGCUGAAAAAUCCGCCGAGUCAUUUGCUGCCGGUGGUUCCAUUGCGUCUGAGGCCCUCUCGCACAUUACUGUCGUACAGGCGUUCGAUGCUGGACCGAGACUCGAAUCUAAAUUUUCAAAACAUAUUGAGCUGGCACGCAAAUUUGGUAUCAAGAAGGCCCUCAUAGCAGGCUCACAGGCGGGCUUGCUAUAUUUCAUCUCUUAUAGCUCGAAUGCUCUCGCGUACUGGCAGGGAAGCCGAAUGAUUGCUGACUCACUUAACGGCAAGGGUAACGCGACGUUUGGUCAAGUAUAUACAGUUGUAUUUUUGGUUGUUGAUGCUUGUAUCAUCAUGGGCGGACUUGCUCCCUUUUUCCCUAUUUUUGGGGCCGCAUCGUCGGCAUAUGAGCGACUAAGAGAGGACAUGGACCAUACAUCAUCUAUCGAUGGAAUAUCAGACUCUGGGCUCAAGCUGCCAUGGGAUACUCCUGGGCGCAUCGAAUUAUGUGCUGUCUCCUUCUGUUACUCGUCCCGACUAGAGCAGUCAGCUCUACAGGAGGUGAGUAUGACUUUUGAGGCUGGAAAACACACCGCCAUCGUUGGCCAAUCUGGCAGUGGAAAGUCCACUGUGGCAGCUUUGUUGAACCGGCUAUACGACCCUAGCAGUGGCACAGUAGUAUUUGACAGCACGAAUAUCCAGACACUCAAAGUUAGCAAUUUGAGGGGGUUUGUAAGCUUGGUGCAGCAGGAAUCUGAGUUGUUUGAUCGCUCCAUCUUCGAAAACAUAGCUCUUGGUCUUGUGAACUCUCCUCGGCCAGACCAUGCACAUCUGAAGUCAUGGAUCGUCGGCCCUGAGUUACAGCACUUUGUCGACAGCAAUAACGAAGACGUUCUAAACGAAGCGGCACGCGAGGGUGGUGUCGUUGCGGAAGUAGCAGCUCUAGUCCAGAAAGCGGGCGAUUUAGCUGAUCUUUCCUUCGUGGAAAAUCUCGAGCGGGGGUAUGGUACACAAGUUGGCGAUCGUGGAAAGCUGGUCAGUGGGGGGCAGCGGCAACGUAUUGCCCUAGCUAGAGCACUUAUUCGCGAUCCUAAGAUUCUGGUCCUUGAUGAAGCUACGGCGUCGCUAGACUCGGCUACCGAGAAAAGGAUACAAGCAGCCGUUGACCGUGUGGCUGUCAACAGAACCGUCAUCUCGAUUGCUCACCGGCUUUCUACCGUCAAGCAUGUAGACAAUAUCAUUGUCAUGCAAGAUGGCAGAGUAGUGGAACAAGGGACAUAUCAAGAACUUCUAGACCGAGAUGGAGCUUUCGCUCGUCUAGCUUUUCUCCAGGGCUUAGACAGUUCGGUGCGGAGGACAUCGGAUGUAUCGCAACCGAAUAUCGCAGAACUAGAGUCCUUGAGUGACACCAUCGCAUCAAGUACGGCCAAGGAUAUCCCAACUGAGAAAGCCAGCCCGACAGAAGACAAUCCACGCACCGCCCCUAACAUAACACCACCUAAAGGAUUUGAUAAGCCGAUGUCUUUUGGUUUUAUCCUAGCCGGUAUGAGUAAAAUCAUCAGGCCUGAUUGUAAGUGGCUGGCUCUUGCUAUACCAGCUUCUAUCCUCGUUGGGGCCACGUUCACCGCAAUGGCUCUGAUCUUCGGAAAUACCGUGAGCGGUCUCAGCGGCUGCGGAAGUACCGUCUCCGAAAUCCUACAUCUCGGUCGCUUCUUCGGUGGACUUAUCUUCAUGUUGGCCAUCGUCGAAUUAUUUGCCAAUGUAAGCAGUUGGUCCUCAUUUGGACGCAUAUCGGAAAACCUAGUCUACCGGAUCCGAGUGCUGAGUUUCCGGACCUUGAUGGCACAAAGCGUUGAGUGGCAUAGCUCUGGCGACCGGACUCCAACCGCACUACUCAGCGUGAUCACCAAGGAUGGUGCAGCAUUGGCGGCAUUCAGCGGGAGCAUCAUCGCCACGACAUUUUCUAUAAUGAUCAAUUUCUUCGUCGCCAUCAUCGUUUCUCAUAUUUUUGCUUGGAAGAUUGCCCUUGUUUGCCUAGCUAUGGUCCCUAUACUUUUAACCGCAGGUAUCCUCCAGGCUCGGGCUACUUCCAGAUACCAAGAGCGGAAUCACAAGGCGUUUGUCAAGGCAGUUGGAAUCACCGUAGAAGCUGUUAAUCAGAUCAAAACCGUUGCGGGCCUCUCACUCGAGGACGAAGUCCUAAAUCGAUAUCGAGGGGCCUUAAAAGGUCCGAGAACGGACAUGAUAAAGGAAGGCCAGCACACUUGCAUCUAUAUGUCAAUUUCCAUCAGCACCGGCUUCUUCAUAUAUGCCCUGUCAUAUUGGUGGGGCUCACAACUCAUCAUGCGCGGUGAAUACACCCAAACACAGUUCUACAUUGUGUCUGUGUCGAUGCUCGUCAGCUCUAAUCUGCUCGGGAACAUGUACAUGCUCAUGCCAGAGUUCUCUCGUGCCAAAAAUGCUGCUUCUAGGACGCUAAGUCUCAUCGAGUUGGGGGAAAAGGAAGGAAAUUCUAAAGGCCCCGAGCGUCUAGAUUUAGACGGCAGUAACUCGGAAAAUGAAAAGAAACGUGAUAUCGAGGCUAUGGCAGAAAGCAAUAACCCAAGAGCCGAUUUGCCGUCUGCUAUUGGAGGGAGUGUAGCAUUUCGUGACGUUUGUUUCGCGUAUCCAUCUCGACCAGCACAGCAAAUCCUUCAAGGGGUUUCCUUCGAAAUAAAGCCCGGCCAAUUUGUUGGGCUCGUCGGUCCUUCAGGGGCUGGAAAAUCUACAAUCAUGGGCCUCAUUCAACAGAUGUACUUGCCUUCGACUGGCUCAAUAAAGUUCAACGGCCUUGAUAUAUCCACGCGUAAAAAUACCGAAUUCCGUCAUGAUAUUGCAGUUGUCCCACAGGACAAUGCAUUAUUCAACGGUACCAUCAAAUUCAACGUAGGCCUGGGUGCUCGUCCUGGUUACGAUGCUAGCGACGUGGAAAUUGAGGAAGCCUGCCGCAUGGCUAAUAUUCAUGACACCAUUGUCGCCCUCCCACAGGGCUAUGAGACAGAGUGUGGAUCAAACGGUUCUAGACUGUCCGGAGGUCAACGUCAGCGGCUGGCCAUUGCCCGUGCGCUCGUGCGAAAUCCGAGUCUCUUGCUGUUAGAUGAGAGCACCAGCGCACUGGAUGCUGAAAGCGAGCGAGCGGUACAGCUUGGUCUGGAAAGGAUUGCGCGGAAGAUCACAAUCAUUGCCAUAACACACCGACUACAUACCGUGCAGAAAGCUGAUGUCAUCUUGAUGGUCGAGGGUGGUAAGAUCAUAGACAAGGGCAGCCACACAGAUUUGAUGGAGCGAAGUGAGAGCUAUCGGAUCAAUGCUUUGCAGCAAAUGUUGCAAUGAAUACCUAGUAAUUCGUGUAAUGAUGGGAGAUGGGGUGGGGUCAUCGGAGGGAUAAAAAGGGGAUGCGCAUCAGAUGUAACGGUGGUAGAUGGCAGUACACCUGGGCAGUCUUGACCCUAAUGUUUAAUAUGAAGUCG